AUGGCAGGACAACCGUUCACCAACCUGAUCCGCUUUGAGGAUGAGACUGGCAAAAUCCAGUGGGGAGAUGCGUUGCCGGACAAACUUGACAGCCUAGUUGGUUCGACCGCGAAGGUCCUCGACGGCCAUCCUCUAGACGGUGGUCUGAAGAUCACAGGCAAGACGAGUACCAUCAAGAAAGUUCUAGCUCCACUCGACACAACGCCCGUGAUCCCAUGUGUCGGCAUGAACUAUCUCGCGCACAUAGUGGAGACGAAGAACGAAAUCCCUCCAAGCCCCGUCGUCUUCGUCAAGCCCGCGGACGCGCUCGCCGGCCCCUACGACGCCAUCACGAUCCCCGCGCACGCUCUCCUCAUGGAUUAUGAGGUCGAGCUGUGCCUCAUUAUCGCCAAAGACUGCAAAAACGUGCAAGCCGCUGACGCCAAGGAGUAUAUUCUCGGUUACACUGGCGGUAACGACCUGUCGUCGCGGUACUGGCAGCGCCCGCCUCAUUCGGGGGGCCAGUACUGCUAUGGUAAGGGGUUUGAUGCGUUUGCACCCAUUGGGCCGACGAUUCUGAAUGCGCAUGCCUCGGGGGUGGAUCCUUCGCAGAUUGACCUGACGUUGUGGGUCAAUGGAGAGCAGAGACAGCACACGAGCACUGGUGAUAUGGUAUUCGAUGUGUUCAAAAUCGUCGAGUUCUUGAGUAAUGGAUAUACACUGCGCAAGGGCACAAUCAUCAUGACUGGGACGCCGAGUGGCAUUGCAAGCAGGCGGGUGCCGCCGCCUUGGUUGAAGAACGGCGACGUGGUCAGGAUUGCGACGAGCCAGAUUGGAACCAUGGAGAAUAAGCUUGUGGGGUUUUGA